ACGACGUCGGAAGUUCGUUAUAAAAUUAUAUUCAGACACCAUAUGCAACGGUCGCCGGUCCACUGAGAAUUUUCCUGUGUCUCGGCGGCACUGUUCAAGCUUGCUUAUACAUGUCAUUUAAUUUAACAAACAUUUUCUUUCCAAAAUUUAAAAACAUUUUCAAUUCAACAGCAUCGCGGCCACAGCUACUGUCAUCAGGCUCUGCAACUCGAACGUGACAAACGCAUUAAAGAAGGACAACAAGGCGAAGAUUUUGUCAUCAGCGAGGAACAUUUUGGUCUUGAAUCCAAUUCUUGGGCUCACUUGGAUAUUUGGAGUGCUGUCGGUCAACGAAGAGCUGAUUGUAUUUCAAUACAUAUUUGCUAUUGUAAAUUCUUUGCAGGGAUUUUUCAUAUUCAUACUGCAUUCUGUGUGUCACAAAAAGAAUUUCAACGACAAAAGCAAAGUUUCGAGCACCAGCACCAACCAGCAGAAACUGAAUGAAAAGCUGCCUCCGUCGCAACAGCCUCGCCUGCACUUGGCGCGUCAAUCGCAGGAAUGGAUGCAACCGAGAGGAAGCAUCAUCAAAAAUCUGACGAAGCCUGAACAGGAAAUGUGCUCAGAAAAUUAUGUGGAAUACUCAUUUUCCAGUGGCUUUAAUAACAAAACUUUUUCGAUGUCCGAUCAAAGCAAUGUUGGCAAUUUCAAAAGUCAACUUCCAACGUACUCUCAUAUAUCAUCUGAUUCUUCCAGAGCUUCGUCAACAAUCGAAAAUGAAAAUGACAACCAAAUUAUGGGAAAAUUUUAAGACAAUCACAAAACACAUAAAGUAAAAAUGUAUAUUCAUCUUUAAUGGAUUGAACAGUUUACUUAAAUGAACUUUUUUAAUAGUUUUCAUUAAUCAUAAUUGAAUUUUACUAGCCAGCGCUUUCAAUAUUAAACAAAA